ACCUAAACGCGGCGACCCGAGUCCUCCCCGCCUCCAUCCUCCAUCCUGCAGCGGCGGCGUACUGAGGACCACAGCGAAGGGUAUCGCCGGGUGCGGGAGCUGCGUCCCGCCCUCUCCCGGCAGAGGCUCCGGCGUGCUUUCGCCCCGCGCGGGUCUCACACGGUGACACCACCGCCUCGGUGGAUCCCUGCCGCGCUCCCGGCGGCACAGUUCCUGCCGCCCGGCCGCGAACCAGGGCCCGCAACGCGGCCCGGCCUUCUCCGCCCUCCUCGCCGUGACGAAUCGGCGCCCGGCUGGGAUAGGAUCCGAAUUGGAAGAGUUCUGAGGAAACUGGAGAGCCUGAAAAAAAAAUCCUCGGCUGCACUAAGCCUCGCCACGUCCUCACGGGAAGGGCUAUUCGUCUAAGGAGAGCCGGCCGCGGCCCGCAGAGAAAUCCCGGAGCGUGUGGAAAGUGCGAGCGCGGAAGCUCCGGCGCGAGGGGCGGGGCGAGCGCGGGACAAAGGGAAGCGAAGCCGGAGCUGCGGGCGCCUUUUCGGCCCGCGGUGUCUCAGAUUCAUUCUUAAGGAACUGAGAACUUAAUCUUCCAAAAUGUCAAAAAGACCAUCUUAUGCCCCACCUCCCACCCCAGCUCCUGCAACACAAAUGCCCAGCACACCAGGGUUUGUGGGAUACAAUCCAUACAGUCAUCUCGCCUACAACAACUACAGGCUGGGAGGGAACCCGGGCACCAACAGCCGGGUCACGGCGUCAUCUGGUAUCACGAUUCCAAAGCCUCCAAAGCCACCAGAUAAGCCGCUGAUGCCCUACAUGAGGUACAGCAGAAAGGUCUGGGACCAAGUAAAGGCUUCCAACCCUGACCUAAAGUUGUGGGAAAUUGGCAAGAUUAUUGGUGGCAUGUGGCGAGAUCUCACUGAUGAAGAGAAACAAGAAUAUUUAAACGAAUACGAAGCUGAAAAGAUAGAGUACAAUGAAUCUAUGAAGGCCUAUCACAAUUCCCCUGCAUACCUUGCAUAUAUUAAUGCAAAAAGUCGUGCCGAAGCUGCAUUAGAGGAAGAAAGUCGACAGAGACAGUCUCGCAUGGAGAAAGGAGAACCUUAUAUGAGCAUUCAGCCUGCUGAGGAUCCAGAUGAUUAUGAUGACGGCUUUUCAAUGAAGCAUACAGCUACCGCCCGUUUCCAGAGAAACCACCGCCUCAUCAGUGAGAUCCUCAGUGAGAGCGUGGUCCCUGAUGUGCGGUCAGUUGUCACAACAGCUAGAAUGCAGGUCCUCAAGCGACAGGUCCAGUCUUUAAUGGUUCAUCAGCGAAAACUAGAAGCCGAACUUCUUCAGAUAGAGGAGCGACACCAGGAAAAGAAGAGGAAAUUCCUGGAAAGCACAGAUUCCUUUAACAAUGAACUUAAAAGGUUAUGCGGUCUGAAGGUGGAAGUAGACAUGGAGAAAAUCGCAGCCGAAAUUGCACAGGCAGAGGAGCAGGCCCGCAAAAGGCAGGAGGAGCGGGAGAAGGAAGCAGCGGAGCAAGCCGAGCGCAGUCAGGGCAGCAUUGCCCCUGAGGAAGAGCAAGCAACGAACAAAGCUGAGGAGAAGAAGGAUGAAGAGAGCAUCCCUAUGGAGACAGAGGAGACACACCUGGAAGAAACGACAGAGAGCCAGCAGAAUGGUGAAGAAGGCACAUCUACUCCUGAGGACAAGGAGAGUGGGCAGGAGGGGGUUGACAGCAUGGAGGUCGAAGGGACCAGUGAUAGUAAUACUGGCUCAGAGAGCAACAGUGCAACAGUGGAGGAGCCGCCCACAGACCCCAUGCCCGAAGACGAGAAGAAGGAAUAAAUGCUGCCUUGUUUUAUGUGUCCUAAAACUUUUUUAAAUGGAAAAAAAAAAGUUUUCUGGUUUUAAUGGUG